UACUAUCCUUGUUCUGUUUUUGGAAUAAAGUUUCUGCAAGAAAAUGCCUGUACAAUGUACCUGUUUUUCUCGUUUUAUAUAUUGCUUAGAUUUCUAGUUGUAACUCCCUCCAUUUCUUGUUGGUGUUUUAUCUCUAAAUUUUAGCUCUUUCUUGGUAGAUAAAAAAAAUGUCCACCCCAUACUUCCCUCUUAGUUGGGAGAGCACAGGAGACCAAUGGUGGUAUGCAACCCCCAUAGAUUGGGCAGCAGCCAAUGGCCUUUGUGACUUAGUUAAAGAACUCCUCCGCAUUGACCCUAACCUUCUCAUCAAGCUAACCUCCCUCCGCCGAACACGCCUCCUUGAGACUGUCUGGGAGGACAGCCUCGAAGCAGAAGCCAGCCCACAUGAUGAGGUUUCCCAUUGUAGGGCUCGUGUGGCCCGGGCUCUCCUCAUGGACUGUGAACCCAGUCAUGGUGAAGGGCUGCAGCGUAACUCUCUGAUGAGGGCUGGCUAUGGUGGAUGGCUCCUCUACACCGCAGCGUCAGCAGGAGAUAUGGAGUUUGUUAAGGACUUGCUUGAGAGAGAUCCGCUUCUUGUUGUUGGAGAAGGUGAGUAUGGUGUCACUGAUAUUCUUUACGCUGCUGCUCGGAGCAAGAAUUCCGAGGUUUUUAGGCUCUUGCUUGAAUCUGCUAUGAAUGUGAAUAAAGGUAGUGGCGAAUUAGGAGAGGAUUUUGUAGGGGAGAUGAUGAAUAGGGCAGUUCAUGCUGCUGCUAGAGGAGGGAACUUAGAGAUUCUUAAGGAACUUUUGUUGGAUUGUUCUGAUGUUUCGGGUUAUAGAGAUGGUCAAGGAUCCACCAUUUUGCAUUCUGCUUCUGGAAGAGGCCAACUUGAGGUGGUUAAGGAUUUAAUAGCAACAUAUAGUAGUAUCAUUAGCUCCACUGAUAAUCAAGGGAAUACAGCAUUACAUACUGCUGCAUACAGAGGAUACACUGCUAUAGUGGAGGUUUUAGUCCUAGAGGCACCCUCAUUAACCACAUCGAGAAACAAUGAUGGUAACACAUUUCUACACAUGGCAGUGGCUGGGUUCCGGUCCCCUGGUUUCCAUCGAAUCGACCAGCAGCUUCAGCUCAUCAAAUGCCUAGCAAGUGGAGAAAUUGUCAGCUUGGAAGACAUCAUCAAUAUUAGAAACAAAGAAGGUAGAACUGCAAUGCAUGUAGCUGUUGCUGAGAACAUUCAGUGCAGUGUUGUGGAGCUCCUAAUGAGGGUACCUUCAAUCGAUUUGAAUAUUCGUGAUAUUGAUGAAUUAACCCCUCUGGAUCUCCUCAAGCAAUGCCCUAAUACAGCAUCAUCUAAUAUUCUAAUCAAGCAAUUUACAUCAGCUGGAGGGAUUUCUGAUUGUCAAGAUUAUUCUACAAGAAGUGCUCUGGCUAGACAGUUGAGAAUUCAGGGCAUUGGAACUAGUCCUGGGACUUCUUUCAGAUUACCAGAUGCCGAGUUAUUCCCAUAUGCAGGAGAUGGGAAUGACUCUGAGGUUAAUUGUGAACCGCCUAGUAGUAGGCUCAGCUCUUGCUCUAGCGAAGUAACAAGCCAUUUUGGCUUAGAGAGCAACGAGAAAGCUUCAAGAUGGCUAAAGUUUCUUCGAAGACCCGACAAAACUGCCAUGUGCUCGAUUACACAAAUUGAAUCACCCAACCCACACCAUAAAUUAGCAAGUACUAAGGUGGAGGAGCACAAUGAUGUUGGAAUGUUUAAGGUGUGCAGAAAUGUAGAUGAAAGUAUAACUCCACUCAGGCAAAAAUUCUCAAGGGCAGUUCCAAGCCCUUCUGCCCGGGAGAAAUUCACAGCAAGCCUAAUGCAAGGAGUGGUGCAAGCAACACCGCCCAGAUCUUGUUUAUCGUUGGCUCGAUAUUCUCCUUCAAGCUCAAUCACUGAAUCAUUGACAUCUUCCCCUACUGCAGUAGAUAAGCUGAGAGGCGACUAUGACAGAAAAAGUCCUGAAAGAUCCUCAUUUUUUAGCGGGCCUUUAAGUGGUGGAAAGCCAUUAAUGGGUGAGAAGCAUAGAAGGGUAAGCUCUUUCAACAAGAGUUUGAUGAAUCAGUACUUCUGCUUUGGGGCUCAAGGGUUGGCUGUGGAAGAUUCACUUACAGUCAAAAGAACAAACAGCAGUUGCAGAAGGCUUGUCUUCUGACUUCUGAGCUACAUUAGGGUUAAGUGAUGUCAUGAUUUUAGGUUGGGAAAUUCUUCCUACUUUACACUUUUCCUGUAAAAUUUUUAAUAGAGUUAAAAAGGAUGAAGUUAAAUUUGGAAACCUUUACCUUUCCCUUGAUCCAAUUUCCUUGAAAUUGUGGUUAAUUAAUCGUUAGUUCAUCAUAAUACUUUGAUUACUUUCACUUCUUUUUUCCUUUUUUAACUUGACAUGUUUUAUCAAGUUUGUCAAUUCAUAGUUAACUAAAAUUCUUUUUUGACAUGUUUUGUCACGUUUGCCAAUUCGUAGUAAAAAUCAUUAUUAAAAAAAAAAGAAGUAUACUCAACACCCUGCCUGUAAUAUAUGUAUGCGGAGAACUUCAUUGCUUCAAUAAAAUUAUUUUUUUUUUUUUUUUUUUUGUGGUGAAAUCCAAUAAAAUUAAUAUGGGGUAUCCAUCUUCUCAAUUCUAUCAUUGGGCUUGAACCUAAGACUUUUAGUCCAAACUCAAUGCAUUACCACUAUGACAAAGCUAAUUUGAUGUUAUUUAUUGCAUAAAAAAUGUAUUUAACCUAUAAAUUUAUAUAUUUACUUAAAUAAAAAAAUAAAAAAUAAAAAAUUUGGGGGGGCCGGUGCCACCCAGGCCCCUUCAUAGAUCCGCCUAUGAUCAUACAUCUAAAAGAUUG